GGGAUUCCUCAGGUUAUUUCCCAUUUUUCAUGAAAAUCUUAAAAUAUUAUUAAAUCUAAAAUUAUUAAAUUUAAAAAUGAGAAAUUUUAAAAAUGAUAAAUUUUAAAAAUGAGAAAAUUUGGGAUUGAUGAGAGAUUUUAGGAUUAAUGAUAAAAUUCGUUAAUCUGAGUGCUUGAAUUCGGUAAUGACCACUGGAAGCUCCCUCAGGGGUUAUACCAUCGGAACUACUCUAGGCGUCGGAUCUUUCGCCAAAGUCAAACUUGGAGUGGAUAAGCGUACGGGAAAGCAGGUGGCGAUAAAGAUAAUUGACAAGACUAGGAUGGCGACGAUGGGCCUGAUAGGGAAGCUGUCGAGGGAAAUAAGCGCGCUCCAGGGCUCUUAUCACAGGAACAUAAUCCAACUCUACGAUAUCAUCGAUACUCCCGACACCAUCUUCCUCAUCAUGGAAUACGUCGACGGAGGUGAAUUGUUUGAUUAUAUAUCUCAGAAUUCGAGGCUUUCUGAGGUUGAGGCCAUAAGGAUCUUCAGGCAAAUACUCUCAGCCGUAGAUUUCUGUCACCGCAAAAUGUUGUGUCACCGUGAUUUGAAGCCUGAGAAUAUAUUAAUUGACAGAUACAUGAAUAUAAAGUUGGGUGAUUUCGGCUUAUCGAAUUUCAUGAGGGACGGCGAGUGUCUUAAGACACCGUGCGGAUCACCAAAUUACGCAUCACCCGAGGUGAUUUGCGGUAAAUCCUACGCUGGACCUGAAAUCGAUAUCUGGUCCUGCGGUAUUAUCCUCUACGUACUACUCUGCGGUAGCCUACCAUUCGAUGAUGAUGAAAUACCAGCACUAUUCGGGAAAAUUAAACUAGGAAAGUUUUAUGUGCCUGGUCAUUUAACGAGUGAUUCUCGCUGGUUACUGCAGCGUAUGCUCGACGUGAAUCCUCAAACUAGAAUCACCAUGAAAGAGCUUCUGUAACCACUUUAUACUAUUAACACAAUUAUUCUAAUGAUAUUAAAUAGUAUAAUUUUUUAGAUCUCAUUAUUUACUGUGUGGGUUUGAUGCGAUUGGGUCACAUGGUGAGGACCAGCCGUACAGUAAGCUGGGCAGAACAUUCCCAAUGGAGAUUAUCGACUACGUGAAUCAGAAUUAUGAUCCAGACCCCUUUAACCCGCACGUACAAGUUGAAACGCCCAAAACCGUCUUCACACUUGAUAAUAAUAACCUCACAUGGACCCUCGGUAUCUUCGGCAUCAAGUCCGAAUUCACUUGCUUCAACAAAAUAUGUGUGUAUUUGGUGGGAAGGGGAUAUGUGUGGAAUUCGAGGACUGGGUACAGAUUACUGUGUAAGCACCGUGAGAAGCCGUUUAGCUUCGUGUUUCAGUUAUACAAAGUCCGAUACAAGACAUAUUUGCUCGACUUGCAAUUGUCGUCAGGACCCUUGUUCCCGUGUCUACAUGAAGGACAAAAGAUACUCAAUGAUAUCAAACUCAUACUCAAUAAUUAAUAUCCUAACACCUU